AUGUUACUUUUUCUUUUCUUUUUCAAUUAAUUAUUUUAAAAUCCUUCAAUUAUCUAAUCUUAUCAACGCUUAAGAAUUAUUUUGCAAUCAACUUUUCACUUAUUUCUUUCUAUUUAAUAAUUGUAAUUCCUUCACAUUUGUGAUAAUUAGGUAAAUAAAUCAGAUUUAUUUUCUUUGGUUUUUUUUUUCUAAUAAUCCGAAAAACUUUUCAACAACUAUAUUAUAUUCCUUCCAUUAUUCCUCUACAUUUUGAAUAGCCCAAUAUUUAGAUCAUGGAUUCUCAUAUAUACAAUCAAAAUUAUUUCUUUUUAUGAUUACUAUGUAAAGAUAUAUUAUUAUAAUAUCAUUAUUCCUAAUAAUAAUAUUGUAGUGGUUUAAUAAUUUUUGAUAAAUUUCAUUUCAGAGAGAUUACCUUCAACCAAAUAAUGA